UGUCAAAAAGACAGCAGAGUUUGAAAAUAGGUUAGAAAAUAAAUACCAAUAUAACUUUUUUAAUUAAAUGACUACCUAGUUAUGGUUUACCUCAUCCAUACUACAGUUUACUUUCUCUAAUAAUUUAUGCACUUUGAAUAAGUUUGCUUUGAAUUAUCUAAACUCUAUUUCGAAGACUGUUUCACUCUUAUUAAACAUUUACUUUUUCUUGUUUUUGUAAUUGUGAAAAAAUGACAACUACUGUUAUAAAAUACGUAGGAAGAACUACCGAUUUUAAGGGGAAGACGUUAUGGGAAAUUGUCGGUAGUUUAAAAAACUUUGGAGUUGGUAGGAUUAUUGUUCGAUCUGUAUUUGAGAGAUAUCCCGAGCCGAGUUUUAUGAAGAUAGUUAAGGUUGAAACAUGCCCCGACGAGGAAAGGCGUCGCGUUCGUGUAUGGGUUGAGAAAACUUUUAGAGGUAAAAAGCUUGAAAAAUUAACUGAAAUCUAUAGAACAUCAUAUAAGCCUGACUAUAAACUCAUACCAAAGCAUGAAGAGGCAAAUUUGCUGAAGUCCAUCAAAGAUGUACAUGAUUUCCCAGAUGUCAUAUUGCCUAGAACUAUAGAAAUGCCACCUUUAAUGAAGAAAUUUAUAAUGAAAGAUCAUGAAAACAAAGGAAUGGAGAUUUUGAAAGAGUAUGUGAUGCCACUAAGUUACAACACCAGUCCUAAUAGAGUGGCUAGGAUCGCUGAAGGAGAUGAAAAGCCAACCGUUCAAUUCACUAUGGGCCUGGGAAAGCCUGCAAGUCCCUCAUUAUAUGAAGGCGUCCCACUGAAUUAAAUCUACAUUACAAUACUAAGUUAUAGUCAAUAGUAAAUAGAGAGAUAAUUAUUAGCAUAGUUUUAUUGAAAUAAAUUAAAAUUAAAAAGAAAG